AUGGGCAGGUGCUGCUUCUACGCGGUGGGGACGCUGUCCCUCCUCCUGCUGGUGACCAGCGUCACGCUGCUCGUGGCCCGCGUCUUCCAGAAGGCCGUGGACCAGGCCAUCGAGAAGACCAUUGUGCUGAGGAAUGGCUCUGAGACCUUCGACUCCUGGAAGCAGCCCCCGCUGCCUGUGUACAGCCAGUUCUAUUUCUUCAAUGUCACCAAUCCCGAGGAGAUCCUCGGAGGGGAGAUCCCUCGGUUGGAAGAAGUGGGGCCAUACACCUACAGGGAAAUCAGAAACAAAGCGGAUAUUCAGUUUGGCAAUAAUGGAACAACCAUAUCGGCUGUCAGCAACAAAGCCUAUGUUUUUGUACAAAACCUAUCUGUUGGAGAUGCUCAAAGUGACUUAAUUAGAACACUAAAUAUUCCUGCAGUGACAGCCAUGGAGUGGGCGCAGCAAGGCAUCAUCCAGAGGAUCAUCCGGGCCCUACUAAAGGCUUACCGGCAGGAGUUCUUUGUGACUCACACGGUCCACGAGUUGCUCUGGGGCUACAAAGAUGAGAUCUUGUCCCUCAUCCACCCUUUCAAACCUGACAUCCCUCCCUAUUUUGGCUUGUACUAUGGGAAAAAUGGGACUAAUGAUGGAGACUAUGUUUUUCUAACUGGAGAAGACAAUUACCUUAACUUUUCAAAGAUUGUGGAAUGGAAUGGAAAAACGUCUCUUAGCUGGUGGACAACAGACAAAUGCAAUAUGAUUAAUGGGACAGACGGUGAUACUUUCCACCCACUAAUAACGAAAGAUGAAGUCCUUUAUGUCUUUCCAUCUGAUUUUUGCAGGUCAGUGCAUAUCACGUUCAGUGACUAUGAGAGUGUACAGGGACUGCCCGCCUUUCGGUUCACGGUGCCUGACGAAAUAUUAGCCAAUACCUCCGAGAACGCCGGCUUCUGCAUACCCACGGGAAACUGCCUGGGCUCGGGAGUUCUGAAUGUCAGCAUCUGCAAGAAUGGUGCACCUAUUAUUUUAUCCUUCCCACACUUCUACCAAGCAGAUCAGAGUUUUGUGUCUGCCAUAGAUGGCAUGCAUCCAAAUAAGGACCAUCACGAGACGUUUGUGGACAUUAAUCCUUUGACUGGAUUUAUCCUGAGAGCAGCCAAGAGGUUCCAAAUCAACGUUUAUGUCAAAAAAAUAGAUGGCUUUAGUCAGACGGGGAACAUCAGGACCAUGGUCUUCCCGGUGAUGCACGUCAACGAGAGUGUUCUCAUUGAUAAAGAGAUUGCAAGUCGACUGAAGUCUGUGAUUAACACUACUUCCAUCAUCAGCAACAUACCCUACAUUGUCAUGGCGCUGGGCGUGUUCUUUGGUUUGAUCUUCACCUGGCUGGCCUGCCGAGGGCAGGGAUCCAUGGAUGAGGGAACUGCAGAUGAAAGAGCGCCCCUCAUACGAACCUAG